AUGUCAAUUCGCAUCAUAGAAUGCAAUGAUGGACGUCACAUACGCACAGACAAGUAACCGGCCUGUCUUCAGCACAUUACAGGUGGUGUUGACCGUUUGGAACCUGGUUCGAUCGCCAGACCGUGGCCCAGCAUCGUCGUCCGCAAGGGGCCGGAAGGGGAACGUAACUCGACGGAAUGGUUUCGUCGGGGAAUUUCUUUGGUCGUAUGAAAGUGUGGAAGAUCGCGAGCUCCAAUGGCAGGCCGAGCAAAUAUGGAACCGAACCAAAGAUCUGAACGAGCUUUGCAUACGCAAGAAUCUUGGCAUCAAAAGCAUCAAAAGCAAUUCAAUUCAAUUGUGGCGGCUGAGCCGCGGCCCCGCCUCACCUGUCAUGAUUGAGUGGCCAAUGGCCUUUUGUCCGAUCUCCACGUCACAGUCGGCCUCCUCCAGCUUCCUGCUGCUGCAUUACUGGGCGUGAAUUCUUCUUGCCCGAGGCCGAGGCCGAAGGAGCUCGUUCGAUCAAAUCUGCUUUCGUCGCUGCUUUGUUACCCUCGAGGUCAACCGUGAUGAAGGAUUUGUGUGAACACCUGUGAACUUAGGCUUGCAUGUUCUUUCUCCCGUUCAUGGAAGAUGCCGCUCUUUAUCCGCAAAAGUGCAACGGGAGAUCAAGUUCUUUGCCAAUAGACCAAUACGCACAUGAUGAAGAUGCUGAUCCUGGGCCUCAAAAGUUCAGGGGCUUGUCAUGGUUUCGUAUCUGCCAGUAGAAGGCAGCGCACAUGACAGAAUUUGCCGAUCUUUGAACACAAAAGCGAAAGAUCACGUCAAUUUCUUCACUGUAUGUCAGCCAGUAGACGGGAGUGCACAUGAUGGAUUGAGCGGUCAAAUUGCUUUUUGUUUGCAGUCCUACAAUCUGCCUCCCUACUGGUGGACAUAGAACCUGGACGUUUCCUUGUUGGGAAAAGUUCAAUAUCUUGACAAUGCUCGAGGAUUAGUUAGGGUUAUGGUGCAGCAGAUCCGAAGGCUAUAGCUGCAAGACUGACCCUUGGCCUUCUUCUACAAUUCGCUGCUGUGCCAUUGGACAAUUCGCAAGUAUCUCACCUCAGUUUGGAUCCAGUUGCCAUGUGCUUUUGUUUCGCUUAAGCCCGUGAUCACAGGCCAGUGGGAAUGUGAAGGUGGGAUUUUCCUCCCUGAUGUAAUCAUGUCUGCUCCCCGGCGCUCUUUCCAGGCUCACAUAAGCCUCCAUUAAAUGCACAUGUCUUGUAAUUACUCUCCAGCUACAGAGCUGGAUUUAUAUUGCUCAGAUGGAUCGAUGGC